AUGGCAUUCCCUGACAAGCCCAUAUCACACCUCCUCGGUUCCAACGGUCCAAUUCAUGCUUUGGCGUACUCUGCCAGCCCCGGCACAUAUAUCCUCACCGGCUCAGCCGACCGCUCCAUUCGCCUGUACAACCCACUGCCAACCACAUCAGUCCACCCGGCCACGGCUUAUGUGACCAGGAAACCAGGCAUCCAGCCCUACGACAUCAAGGGCGGCAUCGGCAGCCAUGACCACCCAGCACCAGCACCGGCAGUCUCAGAAGGGCGUCUGAUCCAGACCUACAGCGCGCACGGCUACGAGGUCUUGUCGCUCAGCAUCUCGGCCGACAAUGCGCGCUUUGCCUCGAGCGGCGGCGACCGCUCCGUCUUCCUUUGGGACGUGGCCACCGCGCAGACCCUGCGGCGCUUUGGCGGCACCCCGCAGUCGCACACGGCGCGCAUCAACUGCGUGGCCUUUGCGGGCGAGGACGACAUGCUCCUCGUGUCGGGCUCGCUCGAUGCCACGGCGCGGAUCUGGGACGCCAAGUCCAACGCUCUGAAGCCCGUGCAGGUCUUGUCCGAAGCCAAAGACGCCAUCACCAGCGUCGCCGUCAGGGGUUCCGAGAUAGUCACGGGCAGUGUGGACGGGCGCGUCCGGUCCUACGAUGUCCGCAUGGGUCGCUGCACUACGGAUGUCAUCGGCCCGCCUGUCACGAGCGUGUCCAUGACGAAGGAUGCCAAGGCCCUGCUGGUCGGCGGGCUCGAUAACAAAGUCCGCUUGAUGGACAGGGAGAACGGCAACUUGCUCAGAGCAUACGAGGCGCCGGAGUUCAGGAACGAGAAUCUGCGCGUGCAGAGCAUUCUCGGUGGCAAGGAGCAAUAUGUGCUCUGCGGCGAUGAGAUGACGACGGAGAAUCCUGCAGGACUAGCGUCUGCAGCGGGAGCUGGGAGGCUCUGGGCGUGGAAUAUUCUGACGGGCGAAGUCAAGGCCAAGAUCAGUGUGCCAUGGGGUCCUGCUGGCUAUGAGCCGCGCAAGAAAGCAGUCGGGCGGGAUGGCAAGGAGAAGGAGCGCGUCAACGUUGUUAGCUGCAUUGCGUGGCGGGAGGACGGUUUCGGUGACCAGUUCUGCGUCGGCGGCACUUCUGGUGUGGUUACAGUAUUCGGCUAUCAAUAG